AUGUCGUCUGUCCGGUUCAGUUCCGCAUUGGCGCGCCGCUCCUUCGCCGUCGCUUCCCCUCCUCUCUCUGCCCCUCUCUCUUCCUCCGCUCGUCGCUUUCUCUCUUCUUCCUCUUCUACUAUUUCUUCUUCUUCCUCCUCUGUCUCUACUCGCUCUCCCAGAUCUCUUACUUCUGCCUCAUCCCUUCUCUCCUCUCGUACUGCUUCUGCCCGCUGGACCGGUCUAUCCUCGUUGAACCUUACUCAAUCCCGCACCAUGGCUACCGAAAUCCCCAAGAUCAAGGUCAAGAACCCCGUCGUUGAGCUCGACGGUGAUGAGAUGACCCGUAUCAUCUGGCAGGAGAUCAGAGAAAAGUUGAUUCUGCCUUACCUUGACGUCGACCUCAAGUACUAUGACCUGGGUCUCGAAUACCGUGACCAGACCGAUGACCAGGUCACCGUUGAGGCUGCCGAGGCUAUCAAGAAGUAUGGUGUCGGUGUCAAGUGCGCCACCAUCACUCCCGAUGAGGCUCGUGUUGAGGAGUUCAAGCUGAAGAAGAUGUGGCUGUCCCCCAACGGCACCAUCCGUAACAUCCUCGGCGGUACCGUCUUCCGUGAACCCAUCAUCAUCCCCGCCAUUCCCCGUCUCGUCCCCGGCUGGAACAAGCCCAUCAUCAUCGGUCGUCACGCUUUCGGUGACCAGUACCGUGCCACCGACCGUGUCAUCCCUGGCCCCGGCAAGCUCGAGCUUGUCUACACCCCUGUCAAUGGCGAGCCCGAGACCGUCAAGGUCUACGACUUCCAGGGUGGUGGUAUUGCCCAGACUCAGUACAACACCGAUGAGUCGAUCCGUGGCUUCGCCCACGCCAGUUUCCAGAUGGCCCUGCUCAAGGGUCUCCCUCUGUACAUGAGCACCAAGAACACCAUCCUGAAGCGCUACGAUGGUCGCUUCAAGGAUAUCUUCCAGGAGAUCUACGAGUCCACCUACCAGAAGGACUUUGAGGCCAAGAACCUCUGGUACGAGCACCGUCUCAUUGACGACAUGGUUGCCCAGAUGAUCAAGAGUGAGGGUGGAUUCGUCAUGGCCCUGAAGAACUACGACGGUGAUGUCCAGUCCGACAUUGUCGCCCAGGGUUUCGGCUCCCUUGGUCUGAUGACCUCGACCCUGGUCACCCCUACUGGCGAGGCUUUCGAGUCUGAGGCUGCCCACGGUACCGUGACCCGUCACUACCGCGAGCACCAGAAGGGCCGCGAGACCUCCACCAACCCCAUUGCCUCCAUCUUCGCCUGGACCCGCGGUCUGAUCCAGCGUGGCAAGCUCGACGAGACUCCUGAUGUCGUUACCUUUGCUGAGGAGCUUGAGCGCGCUUGCAUUGAGGUUGUCAACGAUGAGGGCAUCAUGACCAAGGAUCUGGCUCUGGCCUGCGGCCGCAAGGAGCGUGAGGCCUGGGUUACUACCCGCGAGUACAUGGCUGCCGUCGAGCGCAGACUCAAGGCCAACCUCAAGUCCCGCCUUUAA